AUGGGCUGGGUACACAAUGCUUCCCCGGAGAUCGACGCCCAGUCCAGGUAUCCCCUCAUUCUGGGGAUGUGCAUUACCCUGACGGUCUUGAUGGUCAUCACGGUUUGUCUGCGACUGUUCGUGCGUAUCAAACUUGGGAGAUUCGACGCUGCCGACUACGUGAUGGUGUUUGGAAUGAUAUUCAGUAUCGUCUACAAUGCUCUUUGUAUAGCUCGUAAGUCCAUCAUCUAUUUCUCAUAUGACCCCAUGCUCACAACAGCAGAAAGCCGUUAUGGACUGGGAUUACCACUGGCGUUGCGGCCAAAGGUGGACCUCAAAACGUACACAAAGCUCAACUACGCCGGUAGGCCCUUCUACCAACUCGGAAUCGCCGGUUUCAAAGCCGCACUGUGCAUCAACUACCUUCAUCUGCUCUCGAAAACCUCCAAGCGCUUCUACCGGUUGUUGAUCUGGGUGGCGAUCAUAGUGUCGACCUUGGGACAUGUGGCUGGCACAUUGGUUCUGCUUCUGAACUGUAAGCCAGUAGAGCGGGCCUGGAAUCCGACCAUUUCUGGUAGAUGCCUUCCGGUAGGGCCGACCUUCUACGGUCUUGCGGCCUUUACGAUCGUCUGCGAUGUCGUCGUCAUCUUCCUGCCGAUUCCAUUGCUACUGCAGUUGAACGUGAAACCAGCACAGAAGGCAGGCGUGGCAUGCUUGUUCCUGCUCGGACUGUUCACUACCCUCUGCUCCAUUCUACGCCUAACACAGAUUCAUCGCGUGGUGGCUGUCGAUGGGGAUUCGACCAUGUUAGUUCUGUGGGGCACCAUUGAAUUCAAUGUCGGGAAUAUCGUCACCUGUCUUCCAUUCCUUACGCCCCUUCUCAAGACGUUUAUCCGCGACUUUCGCUCCCGCAGUGCCAGCGAGUUCCGCAAGAACACCGGAUACUCAUUGCAAUCCUACUCCAAGAACCAACACUCGCAAUUGAAAUCCGAACACUCCAAGGAGCCGUCCACGGUUCAACGAACGCCAAGCGAGGAGCUAAUCCUCGACGACAGUGACGAUUCCAUUGCUCGAGGGAACGCCGAGAUCCACGUCACGGUCGAGUACCGUGUCUCACACGAGACUAAUAAAUGA